GGCGGGGAGUCUGCGGACAGGGAACAGCUCGAAAACUGGGGAGCAGGCUGAAUAGCUGGGACUCCGGACUCCAGCCUGGGCUGCGGGAGAGCCUCUGAUGUUGACCGCGCCUCUCUCUCGGCCUUCCGGGUUUUCUUGCCGGCGGGGCCGGAAGGGAGAGGUGCACCUGCAGCCCGGCCUUCUCGGGUCCCAGGCCCAAGAGGUUCAGACUCAUUGGGGUCCCUUUCUGUGCUUCGGCGCGGGAAAAAGAUCUUGUCACCCACGAAAAUGAUCCACAGUCUAUUUCUCAUAAACUGUUCCGGUGACAUAUUUCUUGAGAAGCACUGGAAGAGCGUUGUGAGCCAGUCUGUCUGUGAUUAUUUCUUUGAAGCUCAAGAGAAAGCUGCUGAUGUUGAAAAUGUACCACCUGUCAUUUCAACACCUCAUCACUACCUCAUCAGUAUCUACCGGGAUAAGCUCUUCUUUGUGUCUGUCAUACAGACUGAAGUGCCACCUCUCUUUGUAAUUGAGUUCCUACAUCGAGUUGCUGACACUUUCCAGGACUACUUUGGUGAGUGUUCAGAAGCUGCAAUUAAGGAUAAUGUGGUCAUUGUAUAUGAGCUCUUGGAAGAAAUGUUAGACAACGGAUUUCCACUGGCUACUGAAUCUAAUAUUUUGAAAGAACUGAUUAAACCACCAACAAUUCUCCGUUCUGUCGUCAACUCUAUUACAGGCAGUAGUAAUGUUGGGGACACACUCCCCACUGGACAGCUGUCCAACAUCCCAUGGCGCCGGGCAGGGGUAAAGUACACAAACAAUGAAGCCUAUUUUGAUGUCGUGGAAGAAAUAGAUGCAAUUAUAGAUAAAUCAGGAUCUACAGUCUUUGCAGAAAUUCAGGGGGUCAUUGAUGCUUGCAUUAAGUUAUCUGGAAUGCCUGACCUUUCUCUUUCUUUCAUGAACCCACGUCUUCUAGAUGAUGUCAGCUUCCACCCCUGCAUCCGGUUCAAGCGCUGGGAAUCUGAAAGAGUUUUGUCAUUUAUUCCUCCAGAUGGAAAUUUCCGACUCAUAUCAUAUCGUGUCAGCUCACAAAAUCUAGUGGCAAUACCGGUGUAUGUGAAACAUAGCAUCAGCUUUAAGGAGAACAGUUCUUGCGGUAGAUUUGAUAUUACAAUUGGACCAAAGCAGAAUAUGGGAAAAACUAUUGAAGGAAUCACAGUAACAGUUCACAUGCCAAAAGUUGUGCUGAAUAUGAACCUGACACCAACACAAGGCAGCUAUACAUUUGAUCCAGUUACCAAGGUACUAACAUGGGAUGUGGGAAAAAUUACUCCACAAAAGCUCCCAAGUCUUAAAGGACUAGUAAAUUUACAGUCUGGAGCACCCAAGCCAGAAGAGAAUCCGAGUCUCAACAUACAGUUCAAGAUCCAGCAGCUUGCUAUUUCUGGCUUAAAAGUAAACCGCUUGGACAUGUAUGGGGAGAAAUAUAAGCCAUUUAAAGGAGUCAAAUAUGUCACGAAAGCUGGAAAGUUCCAAGUGAGAACAUGAGAAGAGGCCAAAAUUCCUCAAGAUCUGUUUGUUUUCCUAGUGUCAUUAUAGUUUAUUACUGUUAGGUACCAAGUGGGUGGGAAUACAUAUUCUAGUCCAAGCAUUCCUGUUGAGCUACACACAGCUACCGAGGUUGCUUAGUAAUCAGCGUAGGAUUCUGAAGAGCUUUAAGCUAAGGAAACUUUGAAUGACUUAGCUUAUUUUGUAUCUUUUCAGUUAGGAAGAUUCUGGAGGUGAUUGCCUCCAUAGGGGGGCAUCAGCUGGAGGCUGCACAUUGUAACAGUAAAAGGCAAAGGCUACAGUGAUGACUCUCCCCUAAAACAAGUGACCUGGUCUGAGCAGGAGCUGUCUUCAUCUGUAAUAUGAUGUAUCAAGUGCAGCCAAAUGUCACACCUGUCCCGAAUCAGCAUCUGUCCCAGCAGAGGAAGUUCCCCCCACCCCAAGAAGUUUACAAAAAACUGCCUCUUCAAGUGUUUGCCUUAUUCAGCUUUUCACUUGUGCCAUUAAGCAAGCACUGUAGCAAAAGCCACUUCCACUGGCCCUGGCAGGGAGCCCCACUGCUCCAGGCUCCAUUCUCAACUGUACUUGGUCUUGUAUUUUUUAUAAAUAAGAUUUUUAUGUAGAGCUCAGAUUUUGAUUUAUAGGGACCUUGCUGCAGGAAGUACCAUCUCAGUUUUGUGCCACUAGUUCAGCUGUUAGAUAGCAUAGCAAAAAUUAUUUCUAUCAAAGGGGCGAAUGCUUUAUUAAGGCAAUAAAAGGGAACACUACUUCUGCUUUUAGGAAGUUAUUGCAAGCACAAGCAUUUGAGAUUUGAAGCAAAUUAAAGCGUAAAGGAGAAACUUAACUUUGCCACCUUCAUGUUUUAUAAAGCUUAUCAACACCCCUUAAACCAUUGUUAGCCUAAAGGCCUCAAGCCGUAGUUCAGCAAAAGAAAGAAAAUGUGCCUGCUUCACUGUCGUCACUUUUUGUUAAUCUUUUAUCUUUUUUAUUGUUGUUCUUAAGGUCUUGAAAUUACCUGCAUCCCUUGUCUUCAGGGGGAGCUCCCUCUUCAUAUAGUGUGUGCUUUCCAAGGCUACAGUGGUUAAGUUCCUUCCUGAAGCUGUUGUCAUAAUUGUUACUUGAAUGUCUCUACUGUACUGACAGAGUACUUGAAGUACACGAUAUUGAGGCAGUAACAAGAUCCUCAGUAACAUUGAUGAAACCAUAUUGUCUUGGUUGGCAAGCCAGUCUAGAGUUGUAUCAUUUCACUCAACUUCACUGGCUUUGAAGUCCUUGCCCAGUCAUUUUGCCUUAUUAGACCUAAAGAAUGGAGAAAGGCUGAGAGAUACAAGUACUUGUUCUUGAUGGUUCCCACUUGUUCUUGCUUAUGCUUUAGUUUUCCUCUCCUUGUUCCUCUAUUCUUUUCAUUCCUCUCGGCUUAUAAUUCCCUUUUCCAUAACCUGCUAACAAUGGCCCUUAAAUUCAUCCCAUUCUGCUGUCAAGGGCUAGUGGUCGAUGCUGCUACAGAGACCCCACCAGACAGCAGCCUUCUUACCUUUGCCUGCCUAGGGAUUCCAGCCUGCCUUUCAUCUAAUGGGAAAUGGCACUUUUUGCAAAUAUGAAAUUUCUUGGGUAACCAAUAUCAGCUUGGCAGCUAAAAUCAAGAUGUUGCCAAAUAUUUAUUCCCUUUGCCUAACAUUGAUUACCCGGUCCAAUUGCUUUUAUUUUUAAUGUCCUGUCUCAAAAGAACAAUCAGUACAUUUGUUUUUCUUUCUGCAGAAUCCCUAAUCUCAACCAUGUAUAUCUGGACUGUCCAGUUUUCUUUCUGUGCUAUCUUCUCUUAUAUAUAAAUAAGCAGAUUAUAUGCAAAGAGUUCCUUGUCUCUAGCAAUUUCUGCUAAAACUCCAAGUAGAUUGUUUCCUUUUACAAUUAAAUUAUUGUAUUUAUUAAUUUGAAUCCAGUAAAUCCUUUCUCCAAUCUGGCUAUACUGUCAAUAAAAAGAUGAGAGCAACGA